AGCUCCGGUUGCCAUUCAUGCAACACCGGAGCCAACUACCGUGGUUGAAGGAGAGUCCGCUGUCCUCACCUGCACAGCAACUGGAUCACCUGGUCUUCACCUGGCAUGGAAACCGAAGAAUUCCGCUACCGUGCUGAACGAGACACACGUGAAUCAAAGUCAUGAUUCCGAGGGACGAUUAGAUUUGAUUCUGGACAACGUACAGGCCGCACAACAUGGAGAAGUAUACGUAUGCGAGGCCAGAACAAGUUAUCCUCUCGAUGCAGCCCCGGCAAGGGCUGAAUUCGUUCUGGACGUGGCCCGUAAUGAUCGCACGGGUGGUUCUAUUUCCGUUUCAGUCCCUCCAACGAUCAACUCGUCCACCUCUACCAUCUACACGGACUUUCAUGUGCCCGAGGAAGUAAAUAUCACGGUGACCGGAUACCCAGUCCCAGAUGUGACUUGUGAAAAUUUGGAACUCGAUCCAGGCACUGAGGUAGCAAGUCAACCGCAAGGGGGCGUGAUGAUCUAUCGCUUGGGCAUUCCCAGCAUUAAAGAAACGCAUUUACGUCGUUAUGUGUGCAAAGCGGAAAAUCCCUUUGGUGUGGCCAUACUACCGGUGGAAUUUACUCUGGCCCCAUCAAAUCCCGAAGUUCUGUCACCGAGUCAGACAAAGUAUGCGGACUAUUAUUUAUUAAAAUGGAAAACACACUCUGGUGCCCCGCUAGUCAAUGCCACGCUGAACAUCGAAGAAUACAUGGAAGAUGAGUCUACCGGAAAUCUGUAUCCACGAGCAGCACUGAACAAGAGUGUCACUGGACAUCGGGUUCAUACUGUGGCCCUCGGAUUACAUGAGUUGGAUCGAAUGAACGCAGACGUGUGGCCGUCUCCGGAUGCCCAGGUUACGGAAGGAUCCGAAGUGAACAGUAGUCCAAACACCUUUGAGCGGGAACGGACUGUAUGGCAUCAUUUGACUAAUUUAUCAGCUAACACCGAGCACCGGCUUACCGUGACCGUGUGCAAUGAGUACGCCUGUGGCGAAUCUAAGCCUUAUCUGUUUCGCACAAAC